AUGGCACUCAAAUACCAGGCCCAGAUAGGGCUCGCAAUCGCCGCCGUCUUUAUCUGCCUCAAUGUCCUCUAUUUUGGCUUUGAAUCCGCUAUUGCCAUCAAGCGAAUCAUUCAAGGUCUAAAACGGCCUCCAGGUUCCAUAGUCAACGCGCAGUACCUUGCUCCAUUGGUCAUCGUCCUACUCGGCGGCAUUCUCAUUCCCUUCCUCUUUGUCGGCGAACGAGACCACCAAAACUCUUGCAGCGAGGAUGUCGACGCGGACAUCGCCGGUCGCGGCAUUCGAUUCGCAGCAUGGACGCAGAUCGGCGUCCUGCUCUUCGUCGCCCUGCUCGGCACUUUCCACAACCGCGCCACGAUGGCCAAGGAGAUAGGCGCCGGCCUCGUGGUGACCCAUCUCUCGCUCAGCAUCGCGUUGCUCAUCAAUCGACAAUACGGCCAACUGACGACGGCCGAGCUGGUGCUCGGGUCGAUGAUGCUCGACGCCCAGAACAGCGCCCUGUCCAUCCCGCUCGUCACGAAAGAAACGCUGGCGGCGCGCUGGCAAGUGGUCAUCACAGUGGUGUGCCAGGGCUUCGGCCUUGCUCUCUUGGGCGUCAUCCUGCACGACAUCGGUGAUGAGAAGUUGAUCGUUGCCGGCUGCCGAUGCGUUGCGGUUGCGUGGUGGGGUGAUGUUGGCGCCGGCGUCGAGAACUGCGACCCCGCAGUCCCCUUUGUUCCCAUCUUUCGCCGUCAAGACAUGAGGGCACUUUGGGUCUAUUACUCUUGUCGAUUGAUAUCGUAUGCCCAGAGCAGCUUCCACUCGCUGAUGAACAUGGAGGCUUUCCACCAAGCCGAAAACCAAACCGGAAACCAAACCGAAGGCGAAGGGAUACUAAACGGCCUUACGUUCCCUCAGGUGCAUUCGGAGCCGCGGUCGUGGCUCCAGAAACGGAUUUUCAAGCGCAAGACGGAAAGAAAGUACGACAAGUACAUGACCACCGUCUCUCUGGCAUACCUCGUGUACGGCAUGUUCGCCAUAACGUCGAUGGUCGCAGUCGAAUGUGCAAUGGCGAAGAUCAAGCCCGGCGGGGUUGAGAAGAUAACCAUCGGUCAAGCAAUCGCAAUCGUUGUUGCUGGGGCGACCAUCUUGCGAGGGGUCUGGUUGUUGCACAAGGUGCGGAACGGGGAGUGGAAGAUGCCACUUGUCAAUGAGACAUGA